AUGCCACAUAUUACUCCACUCAGAAUAAGAUCUACGAGUAGAGAAAAUCAAAAUGCUAAUCUUUCUAGUUCUUUUAUGUCCUCUAAUAAUAGUAAGAUAUUUGGAGAUGCCAAUUAAGGGCUAGACUACAUUGGGUUAAGAAUAAACAAAGAUCAUGCAAGUUGUAACAAUCAUCUCUAUCAUCCACCAUUAAUUCAAAAUACUAUACCCAAACCCAAAACCCUGUAUUCACCAAAUGUCUAGCCAAUCAACAAAAAUUUAUUAUUAGCAACUACUAAUGCAUCCUAAAAUCAACCCUAAGGUGUAAAUGAUAUGCUUAAUAGCAUGAAUUAUGAAUUCUAGAGGUUCAUUGACAAUGACUUGAAGAGCUAUCUAAAUGACAUGAAAAAUCAGAUGUUCGAGCAAUAAUUUGGAUUCGAAAGAUAAAUUUGCUAGCUUUUCGAUAAACUUUAGCAAGAUUUGCAUUCCAGAUAGCCAGCAAUUCAUAUUCAAUAAGCAGAGCCCGAUUAUAAUGAAGUAUAACUUGACAAGUAUGCAUUAGCCCACGAUUUGAAAAUAGUUGAAGACGAUCUCAUUAAAUUGACAAACUAAAUCGAGGACUCAUUAAAUUAGCAUUCAUAGAAUGUGCAGCUUAACUUUGACUCCUAACAAAAUGCUAUAGAGAAGUUAUCAGAGACAAUCGGUUAAUCAAAUGAUUAGCAAGCUGAUGUAAAUUAGCAUAUUCAAAACCAGCUUUAAAUACUGCAAGAUCGGAUUAAUUCAUUAGAGGAAAGACUGAUCUAGCAUGAUGGAUAGUUCGAUAAGGUUAAUAUUUAGAUAGACAGUACUAAUGAUGACUUAGAAAACAAGAUCAGAAAAGUAAAAAAUGAACUUAAUUAGGGCAUUGUAUCCCUUUCACAAGAAAAAACUAAGGAAUUAAAGGAUCAUGAAAGAAGAAGCUAGUUAGAGCAUGAUGACAUAAACAAUAGAAUAAACGAGAUAAACAAAUUGCUAUCAACAGGUAUUAAUGCAGAAAAAAUACAGGAACUUGAAAAGCUUAUGAAUUCUCAAAAUAAUCUCUAAGUAAUAAAUGAUAUAGAGUAAAGACUUGGAGACUUAGAAGAUAAUGUUUAAAAUUAAAAUCAAAAAGUAAAGUAAGACCUAAAAAAUUUGCAAGAAAAGUUUCAGAAUGAUUUCAAAUAAGAUCAACUUAGACAGGAUUUGUAUGCGUAAUAAUUGAGAGAGGAUUGUGAUCACAGAAUUGAAUAGAUAGCUCAAGCUAUUGAACAACUAAAUAAAGAGACUAGAGAGUAGUUCGAUGAUGUCAAGGAACAUUAAAGAUAGAUGCAAAUAUUCAUUGAUCAAGACUAAAGAAGAUAAGAUAAUGAUAUAAAAUAGCUAUAAGCUUAUUAAGCCUAGCAGGAAAAGAUAAGUUAGUAAGUAUAAUUUUUGCAAGAGGAAUAAGACAAAAUAAACUAGAAAUAGCAAGAACAUACAGAGCAUAUUAUGGUCAAGAAAAAUAAACCUUAAAAAGCGAUGGCUACUAUGGAUGAACAUAGAAACCUAAACUCAGCAUAAAAUCAAAAGCAGGCUGAGGAACAAAAAAUAAUUAAUGACAUGCUAAAUAGUACUCUAGAUUAAUAGUAAAAUGAAAUCAAUUCUCUGAAUGAUUAACUGAGAGUGCUAAAGAAUUAAAUUUUAGAUUAAGUAUAGCAACAAAAUGAGUUUGAGAAUAGUAUUAAGUAAUAAUUAUAAGAAGAAAGUGACAGUCAAACUCAUGAUAAUUAGCUAUUAGAGUAGAAAAUGAAUGAAGAUUUUAAUGAACUAGUAAAAAUUUAUGAGGAGACUCAUGCAAAAGUUUAGGAUGGACUUCUUAAAUAAUCUGAUAAGUUAGCCUUGCUUGAUAAGGAUUUAAAUGAUUUAAGAAAUAGAACUCUUAACAAGCCAAAGAAAGAUCCAAACCAGAAGAUCAAUCCAAAUGACUUGGAAGCUUUAAGAGAGGAAUUAAGUGGAGAACUGGAGGAUUUGAAACAGAGAGUUGAGCAACAAAAUCAAUUAACUGAAAAGCUUAAUGAAAGGGAAAAUAUUUAGGAUUAGAUGAUAAAAAAACUACAGUUAGAUAUACAAAACCAAGACUAGAGAAUAAUGAAUGAAAUACAUUAGAGAGAUGACAACACACAAGAAAGUCUUGAGCAGUUGGAAAAUAAACUUGAAAAUAUUGAAAACAAGAAUCUCCAACUUAUUCAAGAUAUUCAAAAUUAAAUACUAUCGAUAGAUGAUAACACUCAGCAGCAAUUCAAUCAGAUAAAUGAUUAGAUUAAUAGUUAUAUUGCAGAUAAUGAUGACAAUGUCAGAUAGAUUAAUGAUUACUUGUAAACCAACGACAACAACGUCAAUUCCUUGCAAGAACAAAUUAAUCAAUUAUAAGUCAAAGAGGAGGAAUAAGACCACAGAUUGGAUGAUUUAGAGUCAAAGUUUGAUAUCAUUAAUCAAAACUAGGAGGCUUUAGACUAAAAUAUGAAUAAAUUUCAUGAAAACAUUUGCUCAGAUUUCAAUUAAAUGGAGGACAAAGUAGUAGCCGCUUUGUAAAAAGAUACAGUCAAUUUUAUCCAUUAGACUUAAAUGGCUCCACUUGAGAUAAGAGUAAAGAAUCUUGAAAAGGACAGAAAUAUGACAACAUCCUAGGUAAUGCAACAACAAAUAGUAGCAAAGAAACCUCCGCAGAUAUCAAUUGAAGAAGAAAAAGAGCAGAUGCAUUGGAAACUACUGAAUGAAAUGAAAAAUAGGCGCUAAUGGUACUUGAGAAAGACUGCCUAGGAUUACAUUAUUGAGGAAAUCAUGCUUGAAAAGAGAUGUACUUAAGAAAAAGCAGAGAAAAUAUACCUGUAAAGGCUAGAAUAAAAAGGUGUCAUUAGAUCUAAUAAUCCUAGUCCAAAUGGAAGCAAGACUAGGCAAUAAUAACAGGUUGAUCAGGUAGAAGGAGAGGGUUCAGGAUAAUUCCUGGGAAUAAAGUCUAUAAAUGAAAAUAUUAUUCAUGCUGUCCAGUCCAGUCCCAAUAGACAAGGUAACAUAAGUAGAGCAUCUCAUAGUCUUAGCAGAAAUUAUUAUGAAGAUGAAGAGGAAGAAAAGCUAAGUCCAAGCCCGAAUCGACUGGAUAUAAUGAGAAAACCAUUGAAUCCUAAUAAUAAUAGUUCUCUAGAUAUUGAGGCUGACUAUGAUGCAGCAAAUAAUGUUACUCCAAAUAAAGCCAAGAAAAAUCCCUAUAUAGUAAUUAAAUCACCAAUCCAUGAAUAAAAAAGUUAGAGUAUUCAAAUUACACCAAUCAACAAAAAUAAGCAAUAGCUAACACAACAAUAAAAUCCAAACCAAUUGAAUCUAAGGCAAAAUUUGAGAGAAACUAAAUAGGUGAACGAUGAUUUUGAGAAUCUCAGUGAUGUCAUAGAAGAAUCUAACAUUGAUGUUGAUGAGUUAGAUGGAAACCUAAAUAAUCUCAGAAGCAACUUAAACAUCUUGAAUGACACAUAAAGAAAUAGUAAUGCUGAUAGCUACCUCUCAGGUCCACUUGUGAGAUUCAGAAAUAGAGAUAGCAAUCUUAACGAUACCUAAUAAAUUACAACGAUUGCAUAAAUAAGUCCUCGACAGCAAUAGACAAAUAGUACCUAUAGAAAUCCCCAUCAUGUUAAUUCUCUUAAAUCUACGAAAUCAAAUCCAAAUCUCUUCCCGCAAAGUGAAAUUAAACAAAGUAAACUUAUGGAUUUCACUAAGGAUUACAAUCGAAAUGCCAGAAAACAAGGAAAUCAAGCAUUCAUCCAAGAAAUUGAAGAAGAUUGGAAUAGUGGUGGCGGUCAAGUAAAUCAGAAUUAGCUUAGCCCAAAAAGUCCUGCUCAAAACCAAAUGGAUCGAGUUAUGAGCAGUAAUAUAAUUUCACCAAUUUAAAGAAACCCAGAUGCUCUUUUCUAUCAAUCUAUUAAUGAAAGUGCACUGAUAAACUAAGAAGAUAGAGAAUUCGAGGGUUCUAACUAUUAUGAUUACGAUGAAUAAGUUAGACAAUCCUUAACUAAGAAUGGAAGAUAAUCACCUAAAUUUAAUUGA